UAACAAAAAAUCAAUACAGCAACUGGACCCAAUUUAUUUUACUUUUUCAUGGUGGCCGCCUGUUAACAAGUCACACGACCAAACCUCCUCUCAGUCCUCUCUUUCUGCCUUCCUCCUCACUCAAUCCAUGGUGUGUCAACUCCCAGCACGCUUUUUGGGCUAUAAUACUUUUUUCUAGGCAAUCAAAUUAUCUAAAUUUAGUCCCAAUCGUUGAAGUCGUCGUGUGCUGGUUCUCCCUUUCUUUCGUUGUUGUUUCUAUGUCUGUUACUACAAUUGUUGAACUUUGAUCAUCAUUGUCAUUAUCUUCUCAUCAAUUGCUGCAUAUACCAUUUUGACCCUAAAAGACUGUGACUUGAUCAUUGGAUACCAUUACCAACCUUCUUUCUCCAAAAGAGAGUUAUGUCUGAGCCCUGGUAAUUUUGUGCAUCCGAGAAUUAAUGUGGAAUUUGGGAUUAACCCAUUUCACACAUUCCGUUUUUUUUGUUGUGUGAAUCUGAAAUCGGGAAGACCCUGAUUGUAAAUCACUCACCCCCAAAAGCCCAAACCCAAAUCUCUGAAGAACCCUAAUUCUUGAAGCGCAAAUCAAGGAUUUGGGAUCGAACCCUUUUAUUGAUUUGUUUGUAGUAUACAAAAGCCAGUACCAGAGAUCACCCAGGUAUGUUCAAUUCCGAGCUCUUGAAUUUCCGGCAAGAGCAGAGGAAAUCAGGAAUCUGGGGGGCCAAACCCAGAUGCGAGAAGACAUUGGAUUCCCUUUCUAUACCCCCCUAUUCGUAUCGAACCACGGUUUUCAUGGAAUCACCAUCAGCGACAUUGUAUCUUCUAAUACUAGGGCUCGUAUUCGUCAUCUCUGCUCUUCCUGUUGAUUCACAACCACAAAAUGAAGCACCACAAUCACCACCAAGCGUUACCACGCCACCGCCGUCAUCUUCACCACCACCUCCUUUAACGCCGCCACCACCUCCACAUCCUUCCAUGCCGCCACAACCUUCACCUCCGCCCCCAUCUCAGCCGCCGACUUCACCUCCACCACGGCCGCCGCUAUCUCCUACUCCACCUCCUCCGCCAUCAAAGCAUUUGUCAUCACCUCCUCCCCUUGGGUAUGGGGAGAGAAACAGGAGGAGGAGGUCUCUGCGACCACCACCACCAUCCAAAAGCAACAAGCUCAAUACAGGGAAGAAAAUUGGAUUGUUGUUUGCUGGUCUUGCCGGAAUCUUGCAGAUUGGUGUUGUUGGGUUCUUGGUUUAUAAGAGGAGGCAGCUUUUGAAGGUCAGAAAUAGAUACGAAACUUGCACAUGAAUAUCCUAUACCUGUGAGUAUUAUCAUGGAUUCUUUGGUCUCGACAGUGAGGAUUUUUACUCGGUUAAGAUUGGUCGACGGAUGCAUUAGGCUGGUGGAUUUUAUUGGUUGUGGAAUUGUUUGGUGGAAGGAUUGGAUUUGGGUCCUGCAGUUCCUCUGUACAUGGGAAAUGGGUAAUUAUUGAUUGGCAUUGUCAUAUUCUUCUUUCACUGGUGCUUUUUUUUUUUUUUUUUUGUCUUUGAUUUAGUUUAUCUACACGGUUGAUGUUGAUAAUGCAAAUGAGAGCAAAUCCUUAAUUUUGUUGUGUUAGAGAUUAUUUAACAAUUGAAAGCAAUUUUUAUGAAGCCUUGACGGAUAAAUAUGGUUAUGGUUGUUUUUGUGUC